GAUGGAAGGUGUGUGUGUGCGUGUGCGUGUGCGAGUGCGAGUGCGUGUACGGGGGGUAAAAAAGCAGAGAUAGACGAAACAGGGGUAGCUGUAGCGAUGGUGGUGGUGGUGGUGGUUGUGCGUUAGCGCGAAUUUAUAAGAGGGAGGCCUCUCUUCGUUUCUCAUUAAAACGAAGGAAUAUGCAAUUUCGCUUUCUUCGCCAUCCUCGUCGCCGCGCCGCGAUAUCUUUUCUGUUGCCGUCGCUUUACACACAUAUACAUACAUAUUACGAUAGCACUCAUUCGUUCGCUCGCUCGCUCGCUCACUCGGUCAUUAUUGUUGUUACGAUUGCGAUCGCGAUCGCGAUUACGCGUUAUUAUUGCGGCUGCGAUUCGAGAGUCAACGUUUCGCAAGCAGCCGGGUGUCAGGUCGAAAAUCACUCGUCAGAGCAGAGGUGAACCGACGUCGUCGGCACAUUUCCAUUUCCGCAUCUGCUAUCCGCUAUCUGCUUACGCCUAGGCGUUCGCGCCGUCGUCGUCGUCGUCGUCGUCGGUAUCGCUAAUUCGUACGUCCGUUUUUUCGCGAGUCGCAAAUGUGAAAAUACUCGUCGUAGGUACCUAAUCAAAGUUAUAGUCAGUUGGUUGGCUAGUGUGUAGUUCGCGUCCGCCGAAACCUUACGCCGAGUUUUCUACGUGCUUUUCAUUUUUGUCAACGCCAAUUUGCGAAUUGUUCGCGUCGCGUCGCGACGAAGAUAGCCUUUCGUACGCGUGGUACCUGCACCUGCACCUGCCUCUGCCUUCCGCUUCUUCUAUAACUGGUUGAUAGUUUGACGAAUGUCCAAACACAUACGGGAGGCGGCGGUGGCGGUGGCGGCGGCGGCAGAGGUGACGAUGAUGAAAGUGUCCACGUGCUGGUCCGUCGCACGUGUUAAUAUUCGAAUGUAACGCGAUUUUAUUUUUCGUGCCGUCGCGUUGUCGAUCUGACUCUCGUCGGAGAAAUACGACACAGCUCUACUCGCCAUCACCGGGCGCUGCCCAAGUCAACCGUUGACCUCGUACUCGUACUCGUACUCGUACUCGUACAACAACGGAUACGAAUUCGCGAUCGGCUGUGCAACCAGCAAAGCGGGCAACAGGCGAAGCAGCGACGCCGCCGCCAACCCGCCGCCACCGGACGCGAUGGUGAAGCGAUUACUCGCAAACUCCGACGUGGACGUACAUUUACGCGAUAUUUGCGCGUAUCUCGAACAGAGAUGGACGUUUAGCUCGAACCGCAACUGCAACUGCAACUGCGAAGGCCGCAUUGGCAUUGGCAUUGGCACUGGCACUGGCACCGGUACUGGUGGUCACAUUUUCGCUCACAUUUAUAGAAACGCCAUCGGAAUCGAAUUUGGUCACGCCACUGAUACCGACACCGACACCAACACCGAUACCGGUACCAACGAGUAAAGCCUACUUCUCGCCGCAAUCUUCAAGUACCUACGUACGAGUAUCUCUAUCUACCUCUACCUCUACCACCUAUUAGCUGUGGCAGUUUGCACCGUUCGCAAACGUAGAACGAGUUCGUCCAACCACGAUGGGAGAUCUGCAGCAUUUUUGCUUACGCUGGAACAAUUAUCAAAACAGUAUUACGACGGCUUUUGAAAAUUUACGCGACGACGAAGAUUUCAUCGACGUAACGUUGGCUUGCGAUGGGAAAACGCUUAAAGCUCAUCGAGUCGUGCUGUCCGCGUGUAGUCCUUAUUUCAGAGAACUGCUCAAAAGCACACCCUGUAAGCAUCCGGUAAUUGUGUUGCAAGACGUUGUAUUCGAUGAUUUACACGCUUUGGUAGAAUUCAUAUAUCAUGGUGAAGUAAAUGUGCACCAAAGGAACUUGACAUCAUUUUUGAAAACUGCCGAGGUAUUGAAGGUCAGUGGCUUGACUCAGCAAAAUGCAGCAGCCUCCGCUACCACGCCUGCAUCUUCAGCAUCUCCAUCAUCAGACCAUUAUAAUGAGAAUUUAUCAGCACGUUUUUCAACGCGGUCACCAGGCACACCUUUGGAUAAGAUGAACCCUUUUCAACAACCAUUUUUGUAUAGUACCAAUCAUUCUCAAAUCAGCUUAGCUAAUGAUGACAGAAAUUCCCCUAGAACAUCAUUAUCGCAACCACAGACAAACAGACACCGACGCCAUAUCCGUUCUCCAACUCCUAUUAGAUGUUCACAAUCGAGGGAUGAUUCCCCAAUAUCACUGAAAAGAGCCAAAUCAGCUGACAAUGCUUUACAGUCACCAUUAUUGCAUUGUUCCAAUAUUUCAUCACUGUCACCUUCAACCAUAUCCAAUGAUGACUCCACAUCAAGAACUUGUAAGAAUUCGAGUGAAGCAUUGUCAUCAUCUCGUCGGGGUAGUCCUAAUGAAAUCGCAAACUUGAAUAUCAACAACAGCAGUAAUACUGCUGGUAAUAUUAGUAACAGCAACAAUACAACCACAUCUACAGCUUCUACUGCCUCAGGCAUCACCGCCACUACUACUACUACUACUAAUACUACCGCUGCCACUGCUACUUCGUUGUCUUCUCCAUCAUCCUCAUUAUCAUUAUCAUCACCAUGCUCCGCUUCUGCAACUGCUACCACCUGCACCACUGUUCCCAUCACAACUGUAACAACUGGUAAUGCCAAUGCAGCAGUUAAUUACGAUGAAAAUCACAAUGACGAAGAUGUGGCCGCCAUCACUAAUAUCAGUCAACACAAUGACAAUAAUAACAAUAAUAGCAACGGUGAAGAAGACAUUGAUGAGGAUGAUGAAGACGAACCUCCUGUAGAUUUUUCUACCACCAGCACUGGGGUUGGUGGCAGCGCUAUAAAAAAAUACCGUCAUCAACAGAGUUAUUACAAGGCCGCAUCAAAAUCAUGCGCAUCCCCAAAAAACUUAUCAUUGAAAUGUGAACCAAUGGACCUGGUAUCCAGUAAUAAUUCCAAUACCGCUGUGGCAACUGAUGAUAAUGAUAAUGACAACAAUAAUUUCAACGAUGACGACAGCAAUCAGUCUGAAGACAGGCUUAGCGACCAGUCACCACCUCCAAAUGCGCCUUACCCUCAAACCCUACUCGAUGCUGAGGAUGCAUUUCAAGGCCAUCGUGGUUACUUAGAUAGUAAAUUAUUUGCGGCUGCUGGUGCCUCCUUCAGCUUCAACAUGGCUGCUGCUGCGUUGGCUGCUGAUUCAUUAGCUGGAUUCAAUCACCAUCAAAGCCAUACUGCAGUAACAGCAAAUGCUGUCUUGGAUGGCCUUGCUGCUUCCUCUCAAGGAUUACAAGUAUGCAGAUCAGGUUUCAUGUCAGCUCAACCACACAUUAUGACUGAGUGCUUGCAGCAGCUACCACAACCAUCAUCACCACCUGUGAUAUCAUUGCCACCUCCUUUGAUAGGUAACAUAAGUGAGCCUCAGGAUUGUCCUCACUGUCACCGAAGGUUUAGCUGUUACUAUUCAUUGAAACGGCAUUUUCAAGACAAGCACGAGCAUAGAAACACAUUGUAUAUUUGUGAAUUCUGCCAAAGACGAUAUCGCACCAAGAAUAGCCUGACAACUCAUAAAAGUUUGCAGCAUCGUGGCAGUUCUGGAAUGCUCAAACGCUUAAUACGUUCAACAACCACCACUGCAGCAGCUGCCACUGCAGCAGCCACCUUCAUACCAAGGUUUAGAUCUACAUCAUUGCUCUUCGAGAGUGUAAUGUAUAAAAAUACUAGUAAUAGUGUCUGAAUAUGACUCUAGAAUUUCCAUGAGCAUGUGUAAGUAAUACUGUGCAGACUGUAGGUGGGUAAAUACCUACUCAACUAUUGCCACAGCAAUUGAAAUUUGUACCUCACUUAUGUUCAAAGAUUAAGUACAUAGCAACUUGAUGAAUGAAUACAUCUGUAGCUCUCCCCCACUGAUCUGGCAGUGUUUUUUCCAACUUUUAAUUCAAGUUUCCUAAAGCAGGGCUUGAGCAAUUGACCUGCGGGACUACCUAAAUAAAAAUUGGUCAAUCUUUUUUACACAUCCUAUGUACUAAAAGUUCUCAUUGUCAUGAAACAUGCAAACCAUACUGCAGGUAAUUUGGUAUUUGCUUAUACGUACAUAGUAUGAAGUACUCAUAUUCUUACAAACAUGCGAGUAUGCCAAUAAGGAAUGUUGAAAAAAUGUGAACAUUACUGAAAAAUAUUCUUGUUUUUUCUUAUUACACCAAUGUAUAAUUAAAUGUCGAUGUUUGCUGCUCUACCCAUUACUUUGUUGCAUUAGUCCUUCUACAUUACUAGUUCCAGCCUUGAAUAAACAUGUAUUUAACUUCACUUUUUUUCAACCCACCUUAUUAGGAGGUAUCUAAUGCAUUUUUUAUGAUUGGUUGUGUAGUACCUAUGUUCGCAUGAACUAACCAACCUAUAAUUUAUAUGUAGGUACUAGUGUUGUGGAGUGAAAAGCAUUUUGCAUUGACUUGGGCUCCACCUCAGGUUUUCAAAAUUUAUACUCUGGAUUUUGCUUAUACUUAUAAAAGAAUAAUGGUUCAGAUUCUGCCCCACUCCUAGAACAACAGAAAAUUUGAUCUUGCUCAGUCUAUUUUGCACCGACUGUUUUGUUUUUUUAUAGUAAUAGGUACCAAGUAGAUUGAAAUCCACAGUUAAAAUUAAAAUACAUUUUCAUCAAGAAAAGGGAAGAAAAGUGCUGUCAAAAUACUAACAAAUACAGAAAGGGCUAGUUGGAGCAGAAAUUUUUUCACUCCAGUCUUUGGUUAUGCUCCAGUAUAAAGCUUGAAAAUUCAGCUCCUCAACACUGCCAGGUAACCUAUAUCUCACCAUCAGUUGUCUACUCUAUCAGUCUUGUCUUAUAUUGUGAGUACAGUACAGUCCAUUUGUCUGUAUUUCUGUAGGUGUUACUUAUUUAUUUGUUUAUUUUCUUAUAUCUGCAUUUGUUAAUUUGUUAUAUGUAUUUUAUUUGUGUUUCUUCAUUUGUUCAUUUUGUUUGUUUGUUGGUUUGUUUGUUUGUUUGUUUGCAUGAGUAUAUAUGUAUAGUUCUUUAUUUAUUCAUUCAUGCUCUGUGUUUACCUACAUACAUCCUAUUAUGAUAUUCAUGUAUAUUGUAUAUAUACUUGACUACCCGAACAGUACCUAUUCACUAUACCAGAUACCUCUAUACCUUAUCCAUACAGGGUACCCAGAAAUACAUGAACCCCUAAAAAAGUUUUCAGCAAAAUAUUUCAGUUGAUAACAAUGAAUGAUAAUUUCAUUAUAGCACAUGAUUGGUUGUUGGACUGAAAUGAUAUCAUUACUCCAAUCAUAUGGGUGCAUCUAUUUCACAUUGCCAACCUAUAUCUUUAAUGACAAACUUUCUUUGGGGUUCACAAUAUUUUUGCGCACACUGUAGACAUGCCAUGAUUCUGCUGAUGAAAAUGUAAGUAAAUUAUUGGAAAAAAUAUAGGGUAAAUGGCCAAUUCUGUACAGACUUGCCAAUUCCAAAGUUUUUUAAUGUCUACUUCUCUUUUUUAAAUUGAAAAAAAAAACAAAAACUUUUUUUAAAUCAAAAUUUUGUUGAAAAAAUAACACCACCACAUCUUCUUUGAAAAAAAAAUAAUAAUCCGUAAUUUGUUGAGUUUCAAAAUUGUCUAUUUUCUGGAUAAUUCUUUAAUACCUACAAAAACAAAAUAGGUAUGGAUUAGUUACUAAUUGAUAGUUUACCUUAUCUAUACAUAUCUUCUUUUAUGAUUUUUUAUGAUCUAAAUUGCCUAUCAAUGCACACGGACUUGUAACAGUUUUUGAUAUACUUAGUAUAGCUCUCACUUUGUUGUAAACAAAUGACAAAAUCUUUUGGUUAGGGUAGGAAGGGGGUGAGCAAAAAAAUGAAAAAACAGAAGAUUGUUCUUGAUUUCCAUGUGAAAAGCCCAGUUUUGUGGACUACAUCAGAGAAUUGACUGAUAAGAAGGGAUUGAGUAGAUAAAAUUCUAGUACAUACAAUAAUUUACGAUUGAUUCGAGUAUAUUGUUAUGGCUCACAUAAGUCACAUAGGUAUAUUUUGUAGGUCAAGUUCAAUUUUUCACGACUUAUAUCUGUGUGAAUAUUAAUAAGUAACUUACUGGAGUAUUUGCACAAAUGAGUACACAUAUCUAAAAAUUGUGAUUCUGAUGAUUUGUAUAGUUUAGGUAUGUUAAAUUGCCUAUUAUUGCGUAAGAUAUUAGCCUAGUACUUGUAUCUAGCCUGUUGUUCAUUGUUAAUUAUGUACUUGUUUGGUUUGGUCCAGACCGCAUAUGAGUUAACUUUCUCAUUUUGUGAUGCUGUGCCCAAUGUGAUAGUACAGAUUUUUGUGUAAUUUAUUCUGUAAAUUCGAUGCGCAUACGCUAUCUACAUUGUACAUAAAUAGUAUUUGAAUGUAUUUGUUGUUUGUUAGCAUUAAUUAACAUCAUAUUUCAUGUUUGCGUGUAUCUUAUAUCUCUUCUUAAAUGUGCAUUUGGAAAAAUGGUAUACAUGUUUUUGUGGCCAGGUAUACCUAUCAAAUGAGUAAAUUUAUAAUAAAUAGCCCCUAAUAAGAUGCCUACACCUAUACCCCACCCACCCAAAGGCCAAAAGUACUGCAUAUGUGGUUGUGGUACAUACCUACAUACAUCACUCAAAUCAAAUAGAUACUUGAAUAUAUAGCUCCUGGCGCUUUCAUCAGAUAUGUAGGCUAUGUAUUUGUAUCGAGUUUGCUCUGCGUUUUUUUUCUUUCAAGUUUUACCCUAUACGAGUAUGUAAGUACUUGAUUUCUACAAAGUAGAUACACACUUUCGCAUUGCUGAUGAUAUUGCAAAUGAUACAAAAUUCUGAUAUUGUAUGUAUGUACCCUAACUUGGAUUUGUUACACACCAUGCGUAGGCCCCGGUAUCUAAGUACCUAUGCACAAAUAAACUAUGUACUUUGUGUAGGUAUUUGAAAUACACAAACUUACUCGUACAUCACGUUACUUACUGUUGGAAGUCUAAUUGUAGACCUGUGUGACUUCAAUUUGAGUGUAAAUAUAUUAUGUACAGCCUAUGAUGAAUGUAUUCGUGUAAUGUAGAAAUGUAUGUAUGUAUCAAGUUAUAAGUCUGUUUUUGUUUCAACUUUCAUUUGUCAACUUUAUGUAUUUUGUAUUGUGUGUACCUAAUAAAAAAAUUGGUGUUUUUUUCUAA